CGUCUUCAGCGACUUCGGAAAAGGCAGUCUUACGGAACUAAUUUACCAAAGCUAUAAAUAAACAAUAAUGUUCUUAAUCUAUGAAUAAAGUUUUUAAAAAUCUAUCGGUGCAGUGGACAAUAAGAAAAGUAAAAGUCUAUAAAUUUUAUUAAAGUAAAUAAAAGAUAACAAAAAAAGCCAAUCCUGAAAUUUGAACGCGCGCCAAAUAGUCCUCAAAGUUGGCAGCCCUUUGGCGCAGUGUUGUAUGUCGCGGCCAUUUUGAAAGUGACAGCUCCUUUUACCGUUUCUUUUGCAUCCUCUUUCUUUCCGCGCCCAACGCUUCGCGAAGUCGCACGCUUUUUGAGAUCUAGCUUGAUUUAAUUGCCCCGAAAUGGCCGAGGAAGUGGUGGAUGUCAGCAGCCAGGAGGCGGGCCAGGUGAUGCCGCAGGAGGAGGAGGGCUGGGCCGAAGAUGUUGUGGCCACAAUGCCGACCCAGGAGGUCACCGAGUGGCCGGAAAUCAAGCUUUUCGGGCGCUGGGCCUGCGACGACAUCUCCAUCAGCGACAUCUCGCUGCAGGACUACAUUGCCGUGAAGGAGAAGUUCGCCCGCUACCUGCCGCACUCCGCCGGACGCUAUGCGGCCAAGAGAUUCCGCAAGGCCCAGUGCCCCAUCGUGGAGCGCCUCACUUGCGGCCUGAUGAUGAAGGGGCGCAGCAACGGCAAGAAGCUCCUCGCCUGCCGCAUCGUCAAGCACGCCUUCGAGAUUAUCCAUCUGCUAACCUCGGAGAAUCCGCUCCAGGUCACCGUCAACGCCAUCGUCAAUUCCGGUCCGCGCGAGGACUCCACGCGCAUCGGACGCGCCGGCACUGUGCGCCGCCAGGCAGUCGAUGUGUCGCCCUUGCGUCGCGUCAACCAGGCAAUUUGGCUAAUCUGCACUGGAGCACGUGAGGCUGCCUUCCGCAACAUCAAGACGGUGGCCGAGUGUCUGGCCGAUGAGCUGAUCAACGCUGCCAAGGGAUCCUCCAACUCCUACGCCAUCAAGAAGAAGGACGAGUUGGAGCGCGUGGCCAAGUCGAAUCGUUAAGCUGCGGAUUUUCCACAUUUCCAUGAAUUGAUGCCGACCUACAUAAGUUGCUAUGUAAUCAUUUCAUCUUCUAACUAAAUACACAAAUGUAUUUUA